AUGGGAUCACUACUUACUAUCAACGUCAGAAGGUAUUUCAGCAUGAGGAGCCUAAAAGAUUACAAAGUAGGCAUGAAAAUUGUUGUAAAUGACAGAAUGCAACAGGAUUAUGAGUAUGAGCUUGUUGAGCCAAUGGGUGAAGAAGCUCCCGAUUUCAACGACGAAAAUUUCAAGCCUGAAUUGACUCCUGAAGAGAUGCUCCAGGAAGGUGUCUUUGAAGGUAAAUAUUUAAAUGAUUGUCAAGAGGAGUUCCCCAAAGAAUGGUUCGAUAAUUCAAGAGAUAAACGAGUAAAAAUUGGUGAUCCACCCGAUUACACAUUGAAUCGUUUUAAAAUCAAAAGUCGUCAGUCUUUGGCAAUAUGGAGGGAGAAUGAUUGGGUUAUGGGUGAUGAUCCUCGUGGUUGGUUUCAGUGGUAUUGUCGAUAUUGGUUAGGAAGACGAAGUGAAUGUGAUGAAUUCCAAAAGAAAAGAUGGAGAGCAUUUAAGCGUCAUAAAGGACAAAUUGAAAAAAAUUGUGCUAAGAAGGAUUAUAGUUGUCGCCCUAAACAGCGCCAAGCAUUGUUGCAAUGGGCAUAUGAUCCAUUUAUCUAG